AUUCGCUUUGCCAUUUCAGUCUCACACAACACAAAUACACACACAACACACUCUUCUUCUUCUUCUUCUUCCGAUGAAGAUGAAAAACCAAACCACAAAAAAAACAUAACAACGUUAAACUUAACGGUGUUUUAUUUCACCAAUGGCGGCUACUACAAAUACGACGGCGGCGUUAGAUACGAAUUCUUCAGAAGAAGCAACGGCGAAAGCUAUUCAAAAACGUUACGAAGGUUUAGUAACGGUUCGUAACAAAGCGAUUAAAGGUAAAGGAGCAUGGUAUUGGUCACAUCUUGAACCGUUUCUAAUUCAACAUAACGAAACCGGUUUACCUAAAGCCGUUAAGUUACGGUGUUUUCUAUGUGACGCCGUUUUCUCCGCUUCGAAUCCUUCACGAACCGCUUCUGAACAUCUCAAACGUGGAACUUGCCCUAAUUUCAAUUCCGCAGCAAAACCCAUUUCUUCAAUUUCACCGGAAACUUGUUCCGGUGCUGGUGCGGUUGUUGUUUCUUCUCCGCCGUUGUUGGGUUCUUCUGUUCACCGACGUAAGAGAAAUUCACCACCAGCACCAACACUACCUCCGCAGCAGCAGCAGUUGUUGCAGUAUGGUGUGGAUCCGAUGCGGGUUGUGACGCAGCAACAGCAUUUGAUGUUAUCUGGUGGGAAAGAUGAUUUGGGAGCUUUAGCUAUGUUGGAAGAUAGUGUGAAGAAGCUGAAGAGUCCUAAAACUUCACCUGGGGUUGUUCUUCAGAAGACACAAGUUGAUAGUGCUAUUGAUUUUUUAGCUGAUUGGGUUUAUGAAUCUUGUGGUUCUGUUUCUUUUUCGAGUUUGGAGCAUCCAAAGUUUAGAGCUUUUCUUACACAAGUUGGUUUGCCACCUGUUUUUCCUAGGGAGUUUGUUGGGUCAAGAUUGGAUGCCAAGUUUGAGGAAGUUAAGGUUGAAUCAGAAGCAAGGAUUAGAGAUGCUAUGUUUUUUCAAAUUGCUUCUGAUGGAUGGAAAAUUAAAGAUUAUGAAAAUGAUCAGAGUUUGGUGAAUUUAACAGUGAAUCUUCCAAAUGGGACAAGUUUGUAUAGAAGGGCUGUUUUUGUGAAUGGUUCUGUUCCUUCCAAUUAUGCUGAGGAUGUUUUGUGGGAGACAAUAACUGGCAUUUGUGGGAAUCUAGCUCAGAAUUGUGUUGGGAUAGUUGCUGACAAGUUCAAAUCUAAGGCAUUGAGAAACUUGGAGAAUCGGAAUCAUUGGAUGGUGAAUCUCUCUUGUCAGUAUCAAGGUUUUAAUAGUUUAAUCAAAGAUUUUACUAAAGAACUUCCUUUGUUUCGAACUGUGACUGAGAAUUGUAUGAAGGUAGCUAAUUUUGUCAAUUACACGUCUCAAAUUCGGAAUAGUUUUCACAAAUAUCAAUUGCAAGAGUACGGUCACACGUGGUUGCUUCGAGUCCUUCCAAUGCGGGAGUUCGAGGAUUUUAACUUUGAACCUGUUUAUGCAAUGAUUGAGGAUACGUUGAGCUCGGUUCGUGCGUUGCAGUUGGUUCUUCUUGACGAACCAUUCAAGAUGGUAUCCAUGGAAGAUAGGAAUGCUAGAGAAAUUGGUGACAUGAUUCGCGACAUCGGUUUUUGGAAUGAUUUAGAAGCUGUACACAGUUUGGCUAAAUUGGUGAAAGACAUGGCUAAGGAAAUUGAGACAGAAAAGCCAUUAGUUGGACAAUGCCUUCUCCUUUGGAAUGAGUUGAGGACAAAAGUGAAAGAUUGGUGUUCCAAAUUCAACAUUGCAGAAGCAGCAAUAGAAAAGUUGAUUGAAAGAAGGUUUAGGAAAAACUACCACCCUGCUUGGGCUGCUUCAUACAUUCUUGAUCCUCUUUAUCUAAUAAGAGACACUAGUGGAAAGUACCUUCCACCCUUUAAACACUUAACACCUGAGCAAGAGAAAGAUGUUGAUAGACUCAUAACAAGGCUUGUUUCAAGAGAUGAAGCACACAUUGUUCUAAUGGAACUCAUGAAAUGGAGAACAGAAGGGCUCGAUCCGGUUUACGCGCAAGCCGUACAAAUGAAGGAGAGAGAUCCUGUUACUGGGAAGAUGAGGAUUGCUAAUCCACAAAGUAGUAGACUUGUUUGGGAAACUUAUUUAACUGAAUUCAAAUCCUUAGGAAGAGUUGCUGUGAGGUUAAUUUUCCUUCAUGCAACUUCUUGUGGAUUCAAAUGUAGUUGGUCUAUGUGGAAAUGGGUUUGUUCUCAUGGUCACUACAAGACUUCAUUGGAUAAGGUUCAGAAGUUGAUUUUUGUUGCAGCUCAUUCUAAAUUGGAAAGAAGGGAUUUAUCAAGUGAUGAAGAUAAGGAUGCAGAACUGUUCACCUUGGCAAAUGGUGAUGAUGAUGUGUUGAAUGAGGUUCUUGUUGAUAGUUCAUCAGUGUAACAAUUUUUUUUACCCUCUUUUUUUUUUUGGAGUUAAUUUAAUCAGCUAGGUAUUUUAAUUUUUUUAGGAUUUAUUAUUGAAUUCUUUCCACUUCCUUUUGUUCUUUUCUGCCAUGUGAUUUGAGCAACUUCCUUACCUUUCACUCAGCAUGAUUUUCAAGUUGUUACAAAUACUAAAAAGGCUGGAGAGAUUGUAACACUACAGGAAGAAAAAAAGUGCAUAAUUGAUUGGUGAUUACAGAAUGGUGAAGGAUGUUGUAGAAAUUCUAUUCUAUUCUAUUCCUUUAGUAGUUUGAUCAGAUAAAUAAUAUUGUAAAGGGGAAGUUUUUGUCAAUUCUCCUUUGAAUUUAA